CAACCAUAUUUAUAGUUGUUUCUCUCACAAUUUUCUCUCUCUCGAAGUUCUUCUCGCCCACCGCCAGCCCGCCAUUUUUCUUCUUCUUCUUUUCCGGACACCACUAUGAAGAGUGUGCUGGCAAUUACGGAUGACACUGUUCUGGCUACCAGCGUCAUUGUCAACGCUUUACAAGAGCUUGGGAAUGGAGAUGUUGCAAACUAUCAUUCACAAAUAAUUACUCAAGCCUUUUCUCUGAAUAAUCUGCCACUUGGAGCUUCAUCCAUGGAUGUUGUCAUUUCUAUCUGUAGAUCUGCUUUUCCGAGUGAUCAGAUGCUUGAAGAAAUCUCUAGAGUUCUGAAGCCUGGUGGGGUAAUCUUUAUUCACAAGACUUCACAGUCUGUUGCAGUUGAGAAAGAUGAGUCCCCUGCCCUGGUGAGAAGAUUACUUAUAGCAGGCUUUCUAGAGGCUCAAGUAACCGAAAAGAAAAUAGUUUCUCCAUCUGAAGUAGAGAAUCUUGUGAUAAAAGCAAAGAAGCCUUCUUGGGCGAUUGGCUCCUCUUUUUCCAUUAAGAAGCCAGCAAAAAUUUUACCAAAGAUUCAGAUUGAUGACGAUUCUGAUUUGAUUGAUGAAGAUAGUUUAUUGACUGAGGAGGAUUUGAAGAAACCCCAGCUACCAUUAGUUGGUGACUGUGAAGUUGGCAGUACAAGAAAAGCUUGCAAGAACUGCAGUUGUGGUAGGGCUGAAGCAGAGGAAAAAGUAGAAAAGCUAGGAUUGACUUCAGAUUUGUUGGAAAAUCCUCAAUCUGCAUGUGGCAACUGUGGACUGGGAGAUGCUUUUCGGUGCAGUACAUGCCCCUACAAGGGUCUUCCAGCAUUUAAACUUGGGGAGAAGGUGUCUUUAACCGGGAACUUCCUUGCUGCCGAUAUAUGACCUUUUUCUUGUUUUUUUUUGGGGUGGAGAUAGAGUUAAAAAAUAUAUGACUAUUUUAGAGGUUGGUCGUUUUGGUACCGAUCACCAUUGUAUCCCGUACGAUUAGAUACACAUGCUGCUAUGCUAUUAUUCCUGUGUUGUUGAAACAUCUGGUGAAUGGCGACCAGUUUUCCAUUAUGAUAUUGGCUUAGAAACCUUGAUAAACAGUUUACUAUUGCCAAUGGACAAUCUUGUCUUAAAAGCCUUGAUGAACAACCAUGAAUAUGCUCUAGACAUUAUUAGA